AUGAGUGAAUUCAUUGAUCUUAAGAACGUCACAAAAUUCAGUGGUGCAAAUUUCCAAGCAUGGAAAUUUCAAAUGAAUGCAAUAUUCAUGGCGAAUGAUAUCCUGAAUAUAGUAACUGGCACCGAACCAAUGCCAACGGAAGAUGCAGCAAUGAAAAUCUGGAUAAAGAAAGAUGCAAAAGCGAUGUUCAUCCUAUCGUCCUCAAUGGAUCCAGGACAGCUUGAGCAUCUUCUAACCUGCAAAUCGUCAAACGAUAUGUGGAAGAAACUUACCGUCUUACAUGAACAACGCAGUGAGUCGAGCAAAUUAAUCUUAAUGACUAAAUUCCAUGAUUAUAGAAUGUCAGCAAAUGAUUCUGUCGCGAAACAUAUUGCGAAGGUAGAGAACAUGGCUAGACAAUUAACUGAUCUAAAUGAGAAUAUUUCAGACAUAACUAUUAUGGCCAAGAUUCUUGGUAGCUUGCCUUCCAAAUACAAUGCUUUUGUGACUGCUUGGGACAGUGCAGAUACAGACAAACAGACCUUAGAAAAUCUGACGACGCAUCUUUUGAAGGAAGAGAGCAGGAUGACAGCAAUGGAUGAAGCUACAAGUGCUUUAGCAGCCAUAAACAUAAGCAAGCCGCAGAAGUCUCACGAUAAAAGGGAUAAUCUUAAACGAUCCGAUGACAAGAAAAAGGAGGUAGAAUGCUUUUACUGUCACAAGAAAGGUCAUGUUCUCAAAUACUGUCGAAAAAGAAUGAGAUCUCAGAACUCUACGACUAACAAACCACAAGAACAGGACGAAAAAUAUGGCGCAUUCACAGCAAAGACAGAUGACGCAGAGAACGAUCCAAAGGAUUCUUGGACACUCGAUAGCGGAGCAUCAAAACAUAUGUCAUUUCGCCGCGACUGGUUUCAUGACUUUCAAGAAGAAAAUGGCGAUUCUGUCACAAUAGGCGAUGGAACUAUGUGUCAAGUCAAGGGACAUGGAACGAUUCUUAUCAAGCGGAAAAUCGGCAAUCAAUGA